AUGCUGAUUAUGGCGAAUGAGCCAUUGCUGGCGGACUUACACAUUCUCGACUUUUCGGACGGCUGUUGCCGAAGGAGAGUGAAAAAUUGGGAUUCGGGGCUUUCAUUGGGUAAUUCGAAAUUUAGUGAAAUUCCGAUCGUGGUUGAUGCUCUGCAGGUUACCAGGAAGGUGGUCCUAGAGCGGUUUCUGCUGGGCGCCAAGUCACAGAAGGAUGCGGUGGCUUCUUUCACCCGACAUGGCCUUACUGAAGAAGAUUUAAUCCGCAAAUCACUUCUCCAAAUCGUUGCAGGCUGUGAGAGGAGAAGGUCUCCGGAAUACCCCGUCAGCAACGGGCCUAUUCAGCAGACAGGUGCCAAAAGGUGGAGAUGUUUUGAAUGGGAUAUUCGUAACUGA